AUGGUUGAGAGGGGCUGGUUGUUUGAGCAAUGCCGGGUCACCCCUUUUAACAUCGAUGUGAAAAGAGCUCAGAUCUUUCGUGGGCCUCAGGAUGCCCAGUUCGGCUAUAAAGUCCUGCAGUUCACAGCUCAAGAGCAACAAUGGAUGUUGGUGGGCGCACCUUGGGAUGGAACUGAAGAUGACCGGAAAGGUGAUGUUUACAAGUGCAUUGUGGGAGAGAGGAAAAACUCAACAUGCACUAAAGUCAAUAUAGGUGACAUGAGUCUCCGGAAUAUUUCCAGGCAAACAAAAAACAUGCAUUUUGGGAUGACGCUGAUGGCCAACAAAGAUGAUGGGUUUGUGGCCUGUGCUCCCCUCUGGUCCCAGGAAUGCGGCACAUCCAUGUAUAGCACAGGGAUGUGCACCAGUGUGGACAAGGACUUCCGGCUGAUGGAAAACAUCGCCCCGACGGCUCAGAGAUGUUCCACCUACAUGGACAUUGUGAUUGUCCUGGAUGGCUCCAACAGCAUUUACCCAUGGUACGAAGUGCAGAAUUUUCUUAGCAACAUUCUCAGCAAAUUUUUCAUUGACCCAGAGCAGAUCCAAGUGGGGGUCUUGCAGUACAGCGAAGUUGCGAUUCAUGAGUGGACCCUGAAGGACUACAAGACAGCCGAAGAAGUCAUCGAAGCCGCCCAGAAUAUCAGCCGGCAGGAAGGACUUGAAACUCGGACGGCUGCUGCUAUCCACAAGGCCUGCACGGAGGCCUUCAGUCCGGAAAGCGGGGGCAGAGCAGGGGCUACCAAGCUGAUGAUCGUGCUCACUGAUGGAGAGUCCCACGAUGGGGAAGAACUUAAAGAUGCCCUGGAAGAGUGUGAGGAACGGAACGUGACACGUUACGCCAUCGCGGUCUUGGGCCACUACAUCCGCAGGAAGAAAGACCCCAACUCGUUCAUCAACGAAAUUAAAUACAUUGCCAGCGACCCAGACGAAAAGUACUUCUUCAAUGUGACGGACGAGGCAGCCCUGAAUGAUAUUGUGGACUCUUUGGGAGAUCGGAUUUUCAGCCUUGAAGGAACUCGCGAGUAUAACUCUUUUGAGCUGGAGAUGUCUCAGAUUGGCUUCUCCACCCACCUGCUGGAGGACGGACUCCUCUUUGGGAUGGUGGGAGCCUACGACUGGGAUGGGGGGGUGCUCAAAGAGGGCCGGUCAGGACGAGUCACUCCCCCACGGGAAGCUUUUGCAAGAGAGUUCCCGCGCAAGCUGAAUAACCACGCGGCCUAUCUGGGCUACACCGUCUCUUCAAUCAGACUCAGGAGUGGGCGAAGGGUCUACCUGGCCAGCGCCCCCCGUUUCCAGCACAAGGGGAAAGUCAUCUUGUUUGAGAUGGAUGGAGAUGGCGACGUGACCAUCUCUCAGGCCCUAACAGGAGACCAAAUUGGAUCCUACUUUGGCAGUGAGGUUUGCCCAGUGGACGUGAAUGGAGAUGGCAUCACAGAUGUCCUGCUGGUGGCUGCCCCCAUGUACCUGGGCCCACAGAACAAAGAGAUAGGGUGCGUUUACCUCUACAAGGUUGGGCAGUCACUGCUGACUUUCAACGGGACCCUGCUCCCUGACCCAAAGCCUCAGGAUGCUCGCUUUGGCUACGCCUUGCUGGCUGUGCCCGAUCUUAAUCACGACAGCUUUAACGAUGUGGUUGUGGGUGCCCCGUUAGAAGACAACCACCAGGGGGCGGUCUACUUGUACCACGGCUAUCGUACAACCGUAUUGCCACGUUUCAAACAGCGCAUCGAGUCCGCCGGCCUUCGCUGGGGCCUUCGCUAUUUUGGCCGCAGCUUGGACGGACAGAUCGACAUGGAUGGGGACGGCCUGGUGGACCUGGCUGUGGGGGCUCAGGAUGCUGCAGUGGUCUUAAGAUCCAGGAGAAUUGUGCAGAUCAAUGCGUCCAUCUCGGUCAACCCUCCCACCAUCAACGUGAUCCAGAAAAACUGCCAGAGAAACGGGAAGGAAUCUCUCUGUGUGACAGCUAACUUCUGUUUCCGUGUGACUUCGCGCUCCCUGGGUCCCCGGGACAGCCAUAUGAGUAUAAAAUACAACAUCUCCCUGGAUGACAGGAAGUUUAGCACGAGAGCGGUCUUCGAUAGCAGCUCUCAAAAGCUGCUGCAGAAGAGGACUCGGGCCACCGUCGGCAGGACGGCGUGCUCAACUGCUCGCUUCCACGUCAUUGACACCUCAGAUUACCUCCGGCCGGUCACCAUCACCAUGAAGUUUGCGCUGAGUGAAAAUGAGCAGCCUGGGCCUGUACUGGAUGAGAAACUGCCCACCACUGUUAAGAAACUAAUCCCCUUUUUCAAAGACUGUGGUGAGGAUGAUCAGUGUGUAACAGAUCUGGUGCUACAAGCUGAGAUGGAUAUCAGUGGAUCCAGGCAGAAGCCUCACGUCAUCCGCAAAGGGAAGCGGAAGAUGGUGGUUGAUGUCCUUCUGGAGAACAAGAAAGAGAAUGCCUACAACACCACCCUCCAGAUCUGGUUUUCCAGAAGUCUCCACUUCUCCAGCCUUGGGCUGAAGGGAGAGAACCCCAUGAAAAUGGAGUGCUCAGUUUCGUCUGCUCAGGCCCGCCUGUGCAGUGUGGGUUACCCCGUCUUCAGGUCCAUGGCGAAGGUGGCCUUUGCCCUCGAGUUCGAAUUCAGCUGCUCCUCACUUCUGAACAAAGUGCAGGUGAAGCUUACAGCCAGCAGUGACAGCAGUGAGUUGAAUCAAACGCUGGCAGACAACACAGCUCAGCCCACCGCCUUCGUCUCUUAUGAGCCUGACCUCUUCCUGACCAGUGAGUCUACCCUGAACCGUUACGAAGUCCACCCUGUGGGGACUUUCCCGAGUGACAUGAGCCCAGAGUUUCGGACCACCAUCAAAAUACAAAAUCUUGCCUGUUACGCUGUGACCGAUCUCUCGCUCCUGAUGGCGCUUCCUGCCACUGGCUAUCAAGGGAGGGAAUUCCUCUGGGUGACUCGCAUCCUUGCUGAUAAUCAAGUUGUCCUACGCUUGCCAAAUCAUACCGAGUUUGAAGCAGCUAGCAGUGUGAUUCCAGUAUACCCAGAAGAAUUGGCACACACAGACAGAGUGAACUGCACCAACGCCGGCUGUCAAGUGGUGACUUGCCAGCUGCAGCGGCUCGAGAGGAGCUCCGAAGUGACCGUCCACUUACUCAGAGCUGUCCGGAAUGAGUUCUUCCGGAAGGCUAAGUUCAAGUCGGUGAAGAUCGUCAGCAGCAUCACCCUGAGCGUUCACGAAGAGAACAACCUGUUUCUCCUACCAAAAGCCGCCCACCAGCGGGAGGUUCUCUUGGAGAUUAUCCAGUCCAAACUGGUCCCUCUUUCCCUCUGGAUUCUGAUUGGCAGCAUCCUUGGCGGCCUCCUGCUUCUAACCCUGGUCAUCAUCUUUUUAUGGAAGAUUGGAUUUUUUGCGCACAAAAAGCCUGGAGAAGACGAGAAAGAGGAGUAAAACGAGUCCGGGGGAACAAAGACUCUUUGCCCAGCAUCUGUGGGAUAAAACCCAGAAGGGGAGCUGUGCUUUUUUUUCUGUGCCAAUCACUUUUAGGACCACAGACGUUCGGGCCGGUCCG